UUGAUGAUGGAUGAACCACUUGCGGAUCAAGAGCAAGUUGCGGGAUACCGAAGCGAACUCGUACAUGAUGCAAUAGCGCGGUCGCGCCCGGUCUGAAUUCUCCCUGCGAAUCGGAUCGUCGAUGACUCGUUAGUAAGAGCAUUUGCGGUAGUGGAUGACUGAUUGACGAUUGAUUUGCCGUAACAAGUCAGUACCUCGUGCUUCGGGUUCGGGGGAUCCACCGGAAGAAUCUACAACGCUCAUGCCGUCGAGUUCCUUCAUGGAGUAGACUGCACAGAGAUCAGCAUCCAUGAUUUAUUUUGAGGGCCAAAUACAAUCCGUCUGGCACAGCGGAGAAAUGAUCGCCUUUCGCGAGUCGGGAUGCCGAAAGCGAUUACGAUUGCUCUGGGAAAGUGGAUCAGCAAUAUUCAACUGCAUCCCCUCGUUGACUGGAAGAAGUCGAAAGAAGCGGGCAUGCCUACUCCAAUGCAUGCCCGUCUGUCCACCUGGGUGGACACACUCCCGAAUGGAGAUGAAAGAGAGAAGAACUUCGUAAGAUACACUUCAGCUCGACGAGUUUUAGAUCAAGGGGCGUCCCAAAAAAUGGAUAGGCCACUCGGCAUCUCUCACUCUCUCUCUCUCUCGGUGUGUUUUUUUUAUCGACGAAGGUAUUCAACGAAUAUUCAGCUGGCAACGCAGCCUCAGCGCAGCAAAGCACAACCGAAAGCUCGCAUGCUCGGCAGAAUCCAGCGUGCCGAUCGGUCGUACGAAAACGAAAACGGGAAUGCCAAUGCCAAUGCCGAUGGGUGCCGUGACUCGUAGGCCGCAGUGUAGUGCCAUGCAGAGCACAUUGUGAGCUCGAUGUUGGUUCCGGCUGGUGGCUGAAAUGCGGUUGUGGUUGAAGAUAAGUGUUGAGCUGUGAGCUGUGAGCAUCUGGAGCUUCUGGAUUACUACCAUGGCACAUUCAUUUCAGGCGGCUGGCUCUAGCUCUGGCUCUGGCUGCAGGGAAGGCAAAUUUCUCCUGUGCAAAAGAACUUUCUCGUCCGGAAUUUCUCUCCUCUUCUUCCUUUCUCCCUUUCGAUGCUUUUGAGCUGCGUAGACUGCAAGUAAGUACGGAGAAUUUGUUGGGUCCACAAGAGGAAAAUGCUGGUCCCGCCCCACGGAGAGAACCUUCCGGCUCCUUGGCAUCGUCGAUCGACUGCGGGUCCCGCCUCGCUCGCAACUGUUUGCAAGCUUUCAUCUUUAUCGACGCAAUCAGAGUGCCGAGGAGGGCUUUAUGCCUUGUCGAUUGUUUCGCAGGUGGGGCCUGA